AUGACUACGCCGACUAAAUCAUCAGAUGCAUCGAAACCACCGACUGCUACGUCAGAUGCACCAAAGGCUCAAACAAAUACGCCAAAUUCAGUCAAAUUUUUAAUCGGUGGUCUAGCAGGAAUGACGGCUACAUUAUUUGUCCAUCCAAUGGACGUAGUCAAAAAUCGUAUGCAAAUGAGUGGUGAAGGUGGUGCAGCUAAAGAAUAUAAAAAUAGUUUUGAUGCAUUAACAACUAUAUUUCGUAAAGAAGGUUUACGUGGCAUUUAUUCGGGUCUUUCAGCUGGUUUAUUUCGUCAAGCAACAUAUACAACAGCUCGUUUAGGAAUAUAUCAAUCAUUAUUUGAACGUUUUCGACAAGCUGAUGGUCGUCCACCUCCUUUCUUUGUUAAUCUUCUUUUGGGUGUUACUGCUGGCGGUUUAGGUUCAUUUAUCGGUACUCCAGCCGAAGUAGCAUUGAUCCGUAUGACACUUGAUGGACGAUUACCAGCAGCUGAACGACGAAAUUAUGCACAUGUAUUUGACGCUCUUGUACGUAUUACACGUGAAGAAGGUAUUACUAAAUUAUGGCGUGGUGCUAUACCAACAUCAACACGAGCUAUGAUUGUUAAUGCUGCUCAAAUGCCGACCUAUUCACAAGCUAAACAAGUACUUAUAUCAUCCGGUCUUAUGGAACAAGGAUUUCUUCUACAUGCUGUAUCAUCAUUGAUUGCAGCAUUGGUGACUACUACUGUUUCAUUACCAGUUGAUAUUGUUAAAACUCGAUAUCAAAAUAUGAAAGUUAUACAAGGAAAACCAGAAUAUAAUGGAAUAUUGGAUGUAUUCCAACGUAUUCCUCGUAAAGAAGGAAUAUUCAGUUUUUGGAAAGGUUUUACACCAUAUUUCUCUCGUCUUGGUCCACAUACAAUUCUUACAUUUAUAUUUAUUGAACAACUUAAUAUUCAAUAUCAACGACGUGUACUCAAAAAUGAUACUUAUUCAUCUACAUUAUAA